UUCCUAUUUAUUUAUUCUGAGAAAUCUAACGUCGCGAUUUUAAGAGCCAACACCUCAUUCUGUUCAAAACCCUCCUUCCCUUUUCCUGCAUUCCGCAAAAGCGGAAGAAAAAAAGGAAUAGAAAAUCCAUGGAAGCUUCCUCAAUUCCAAUAUCUUUUCCCAUGGUCGGAUGUUAGUAUCGAUAUCAUGCGGCGUUUGGGUCGCCGCUAUCCCUGGAAAUCGACACGCUGUGUAUUGGUUUUGACCUCACUUCUCGGAUGAUGUUCGUGGGCUGACAUUGAAGGAGUUUUGUGUGUCUUUGAUUUUGAGAUGGGUGUGAAUUAUUUGUCUGCUUCUGCCGUGUGUACGGUGAUAAGCCUCUUGGGGCUCCAGUGGUGGACGGAUUCCGCACUGGACAAGAUCAGAUCAGAUGGAUUGAUCAGUGAGGACAGCAUUCAUUCGGAGAAUGCCACCCGUGUGGUGGAGCUGCUUCUGGGUUCACAGGUUACGGUGGCAUUGGUGGCGAAUUUUGCACUCAAUGUAUUUAUUCUACUCAUCCUAUGUCUUAAGACUGUAUUCUUUGUGCAGCUAUACCCUUCUGAGACUCGGAAAGUGGUGGAACGUCUCGUCAACUAUGUUGUUUACAAGGGAAUGUUUCUCCCGUUGGUGGUGCCUCCUACCAUAUUUCAAGCAGCCUUGUGGUCAACUUGGUUAACAGUUCUUUGUUCCUUAAAGAUGUUUCAAUCAUUGGCAAGAGACCGGCUCGAGCGAUUGAAUGCAUCCCCUUCUGCAACUCCAUGGACAUAUUUUCGUGUUUUUUCUGUCUUAUUGUUGGUUCUCUCUAUUGAUAUAUUUUGGAUAAGGUUGUGUAUGAUAAUAUACAGGGCAUUAGGUUCUAAUAUUCUUCUGCUGUUAUUCUUUGAACCUCUCAGUAUGGCCUUUGAGACGCUACAGGCGAUUAUGAUUCAUGGAUUUCAGCUCCUUGACCUGUGGCACCGCCAUUCAGUGGAUGGCAGUGCAGAUUGCCAACGAUCCCAUCUGUUUGAUAGAUCAUCGGCUGGUUCUUUAUGGGAAUGGAAGGGCAUUCUUCUUCGGAACUUAGGAUUUUUCUUAGACUUGAUGACCUUGCUAAUGGCACUUGGGCAUUACUUGCACAUUUGGUGGCUUCAUGGCAUGGCAUUCCAUUUGGUGGAUGCCGUCCUCUUCCUGACUUUUCGUGCUUUGGUAAGCGCUAUUGUAAAGCGGAUCAAAGGAUUUGUCAAGUUGAGAAUGGCCCUAAGUACACUUCAUGGGGCACUUCCUGAUGCUUCAUCUGAAGAGCUGCGUACAUAUAAUGAUGAAUGUGCCAUUUGUAGAGAACCAAUGGCUAGAGCUAAAAAGCUAGCCUGCAAUCACCUUUUUCAUCUUGCGUGCUUGAAGUCGUGGUUGGAUCAAGGCCUAAACGAGGUGUAUUCAUGCCCGACCUGUCGAAGGCCACUCUUUGUGGGUAGCACUGGAGAUAAUAUGACUUCUCGUGCUGGAGAUCUCUUGAAUGAUGAGCAACUUGCCAGACGAAUAAGUUCAGGGUUGGACCAACAAAGUGCAGCUGGACAUGCCCUUCCUAUUGGUGCAUUUUCUAACCAACAACAGAACCCUACUGACAGUAGUGUGUGGAGAGGAGUCGAUCAAAGUUGGGCGCAUCCUUGGCCAGGCCCAGGAUCGGAUGGUGCCGGUCCAUCUACUGCAAUUAGAUCCGUUGGAUUCGGCAGAGUCCAGAUGAUGAUGAGGCAUCUGACAUCUGUAGGCGAAACCUAUGCCCAUACUGCACUUGAAGAUACUGCUUGGAGCCUUUGGCCCAUGACCCAUCCUCAGGCACCCUCAAGUUCCUCCAUUCCUCCCGUGUUGCCUGCUGCCAGAUACAAUGGAAACAUGGGCGGUUUACGUUUUAGGAGUACUUCACCAUCUGCAAGUGGAAACUUAUCAGGCAUACUUGCCAUGGCAGAAACAGUACGGGAGGUGUUGCCCCACAUCCCAGAUGAAAUAAUUAUUCAGGAUUUGCAACAAACCAACUCAGUAGCUGUUACUGUGAACAAUCUUCUUCACAUGUGACACCCCAAACAUUACCUCGUGGUAUGAAUCUGCAUGCUUGUGAAACUCAAAAGGCAUCUACUGCCCUGUAUAUUCUAAAGCAGCUAGGUGAGGUGUGUAUGCUAGUGGCCCUUGGAUUACUGAAGAUCCAUUAAUCUUCUCUUUGUUUUCUCCGUUUGUCAGAUGCAUUUCGUUCUUCAACAGCGACAAACACCCUAAUUUCUGUACAUAAAAAAGCCAUUUCUUCCCCAAGAAUCAAGGCAGCGAAACUCACAUAUAAUGUUGAGAAUCUAAAUGUCGGUCAUCUUGCGCGAAUACCCCUAGUUUACGCAUUGGAAUGUCUUGAGUUCGAUGAAUUGGAACAGCAGUUUUAAACUAAAGCUUAAAAAUGUGAUGAUAUGUAGCCUAUCUGUAUGUCAUGAAUGUUAAUGUUGCCAAUAAGAUUUUAUAUUAUAUAUAUUCUUAAUGACUGCAUGGACUGAUCCAUCCAUGUCACCGUUUCC